GUUUUAUUAUUGUAACUUUAAAUUAGAAUUAAUAUAAAAUUAAAAAUGUCACACGGUGCUACAACAAAACGCCACAAGAAUAAUACAAUUGAUGAUGAAGAAGACAGUAUUAAUGAUGGUCCUAAAGCUCCCGACGGUGGAUGGGGAUGGGUGGUUGUAUUUGCAUCAUUUAUGAUACAUAUUAUAACCGAUGGUGUGACGUACUCGUUUGGUGUAUUUUAUGUACAAUUUGUGGAUUAUUUUCAUUCGGGAAAAGGAGAAACAGCAUGGAUUCUUUCAAUUCUAGUCGGUGUUACAUAUUGUUCAGGUCCAAUAGCAAGUAUAUUUGUAAAUAAAUAUGGAUGUCGAGCGGUAACAAUAGCUGGUUCUAUUUUGGCAUCCGCAUCAUUAAUGAUAAGUGUAUUAGCUAAAAAUGUUUUAACAUUAUACUUUACAAUUGGUUUGGGCACAGGAUUCGGUUUUGGUUUGAUCUACUUACCUGCAAUUGUGAGUGUAACAAUGUACUUCGAGAAAUAUCGUUCGUUAGCCACAGGUAUUGCAGUAUGUGGUAGUGGCUUUGGUACAUUUGUAUUUGCCCCUCUUAUUGAAUGGCUUAAUGUACAAUAUGGUUGGAAAGGUGCAAUUUUUAUUGUGGGUGCAUUGAUGUUAAUUUGUAUUAUUUUCGGUAUACUAUUUCGACCACUAGAAUACCCAGAAGAAGAUUUAAAUGAAAAUGAACUAGUGACAAUUAGUGAAAAGAAAGUGGACGAAACACGACCAAUAAAUAAAGUUUUGGGUGCAUCAAAUCCAACAUUAAAUAAUUUACAAAUACCACCAAUGAUAACAAAUGGAAAAGAAAGACCCCAAAGUAUGGUGGGGCAUUAUACAAUGCCACGAACAAAUCAGCCAAAAAAUUCUCCAUUGUUAGAAAAUGGCACGAAACACAGUAAGCCGAGUAAUGAUAUUAAUGCUCGUUUAGCUUUGAGUCAACCAUUAUUGAAUACAAAUUUUGGCACUUCUGCUACUGGAUUAAAUGCCCGUAAAUCGGUUGGUGUUAUGUCACGGCCUGAUAUUUUAUAUCAAGGUAGCUUAUUAAAUUUACCACAAUAUUCAAAACCAGAUAUACAUGAUUUUACAAAACAAUUACCAUCUUCCCAAAUAAUAAAUGGUAAUAUUGCUGAUGCAAAUAAAAAUAAUCGCAUUGUUUACAAUAAGAAUGAGACUCAAAAUAAAAUUAGUGAUGAUGAUGAGCCAGAUUGUUGUUGCACAGCCGAUACAAAGGAUACAUUUAAAGAGAUGUUAGAUUUUUCAUUAUUUUCGGAUCCAGUUUUUAUAUUAUUUGCUGUAUCAAAUUUUUUAACAAGCAUUGGUUUUAAUAUACCGUAUGUUUAUAUUGUACCACAAGCAACAAAGAUGAAUAUAUCCACAACUGAUUCUAGUUAUCUAUUAUCAAUUAUUGGUAUGGCUAAUACAGUUGGACGUAUUGUACUGGGAUAUAUUUCUGAUAAACCAUGGGUUAAUCGAUUGGUUAUUUAUAAUACCUGUCUUACUGUCUGUGGAAUAGCGACUUUCUUCAGUGCCUUCUGUUACGACUUCUAUACAUUAGCAUUAUACGCAAUAGUAUUUGGUUUUACGAUAGGCGCCUACGUUGGACUGACAUCAGUUAUUCUAGUCGAUCUUUUAGGUUUAGAUAAACUUACGAAUGCCUUUGGUAUACUUUUACUGUUCCAAGGUCUUGCUUCAUUGGUUGGACCACCAUUAGCAGGUUGGAUGUAUGAUAUUUUAGAAUCAUAUGAUCCAGGAUUUUACUUAUCAGGUUCAGCAAUUGGUGUAAGUGGAGUGAUAUUAUUUGCUAUUCCAGCUCUACAACAGUAUUUAAAACGAAGGUCGUUAAGAAGAAAUAAUGUUGAAAAUAUGUAAUUAGUAAAUUUAACUUUUUUUUUAUAAAUCUAAAUUUUAAAAAAUGAAUUGAUA